UUAUCAUGGCCGUUGCUUGGGCAAAUUAGCCUCGUUAGUAAGGGGAAGGUUUAAAAGUGUAGUUAUAACAUGGCAGCCAAGAAUAGUGACAAAGAAAUAACCAUAAAUGACAGUGGUGUAGUAACAACGACCGAAUACUGCAAGCGAUUGCAGGAAUGGAUGUGGCGGUAUUACUGUGGCUAUGCGAGCUGGCAGAGCUGGGUGUUUAUGUCCGCGCCGCUGUUUCCUCCGUGCACGCCGUCGCAGUCCGGCUGCCAGAUAUCUCCAUAUGCCGCGACGCCUGCUGAUAUCGCAGCCUGGUAUAAACAGAUCAGCAGCACACCGUCCUCCAGUCCAGCUGCCAGCACAGGCCAAACAGCGCGGCCGGCUGCUGAUGAGAGAGGGCCAGCAGCAGCACAGCCUGCAGGUAGAGAGUACACAAUUCCCUCUCCUCUACGAAGAUUUAUGGCUGAAACAGUGGAUUUCUUCAUUCUCUUUUGUUUUAAGGCAACCAUAGUUCUGUGGAUCAUGCAUCUAAGUGGAAUGAAAGAUAUUUCCAAGUUCAUGAUGCAGUUUAUAGUGGAGGAGAUUGAUGAGAACACAUCGCUGGAGGACCUACAGAAGAUGAUGGCAGUAGCUUUAGCAUACAGAAUGCUAGUUUGUGUCUAUGAAAUCAUCUGUAUUUGGGGAGCUGGAGGUGCCACCCCAGGAAAGUUCCUGCUGGGUCUUCGAGUUGUCACUUGUGACUCAACAGUCCUGGUGCAGCCCAAUCGUGUUCUGGUGGUACCAGCAUCCAAUGUCAGCUUAUCUGCCUCCACAGUGCGGGCCUUGAACAAAAACUUCUCCAUCGCCUUCCUAUUUCCUGUAUUUAUCACGCUACUCUUUUUCCAGCACAACAGAACUGUUUAUGAUGUUGUAGCUGGAACCAUCGUGGUUCGGCGGAGAAGAGCAAGGAGGUCUUUGAGUCCCAGGAGUGAUUCCUCAUAAUCAGAACCUUUUGGAACAAAUCAACAAAACAGACAAAGGGUUGUCUCAGGACAAAUGCACACCAACAAGCACUCAUUUCACACAUUUAGAAGGUCUGAUAAAACAAGCAUGUGGCAUGUGUCGAACAAUCAUGAGAUGUUAAUCUGAAAAUACAUUGUUGAAUUAGUCAUAUGUACACUAUAUGGCCAAAUGUAUCUAGACCCAUGAACAUCAUUGAACAUUUAAUUUCAAAACCAAUGGCAUUAAUAGGGAGAAUCUGCUAUAACAGCUUUCAUUCUUCUUGGAAGGCUUUCCAAUAGAUGUUGGAAUUUCUCCUAUUCAGACACAAGAGCAUCAGUGAGGUCAAACACUGAUGUUGGCCAGUGGGGCCUGGCUCGGAGUCUGCGUUCCAAUUCAUCCCUAAGGUGUUCAACAGGGUUCAGCCAUUCAGGUCUGGGCUUUGUGCAGGCCUGUCAAGUUCUUCUUGUUUAUACUUACUCUGAAACCAAUUAAAAUGUCAUACAGAGCAUAUGAGCUUUAGUUUUUGCUUAUGACACUGUUAUAUAGACUUUCUUUUUACUGGGUUGCACAUCUGGUUUGGCUGGCUGGCAGGGCCACUGGGUUCACAGCUGCUUGCUCUUCCCACAUCCUCUUCAGCAGGAAUUCUGGUAAAGCCAUUCCCAUGGAUUCUGCUUCACCCUGCUGAGUGCUCAAUGUGCCAAGAAUGAUUGACAGGCUUAAGACUACUCAAGAUGUGGUUGAUAUGGUUGUUUUAUUUGCUCUUGAGCAACACUACAGCCCAACUUGAAACCAGCAACAUGUUGAAAUUACUUAGUUGCAAUAGUCUCGAUUUCCACAGUGAAAACAUGUAAAAUAUGAUCGAACAGGCACAUAAGAUGUGAUGACUGAGCGCUUAAAAGCAACCUGGUCUCAUAAAAUCAUGAUACUGUACUAUACCUACAUUUUCUUUAAAAAAAAAAAAAAAAAAAAAGUUUUUUUUUUUUUUUGUAAACACAACCAUGUGAACACUAGAGA